GAAAAGCUCGCUGGCCUCCCUUGUGCCGACUGUUACGCUGGUGGAACAUCUUGUUAGAAAUAGUCAACAUCGCUUUCCCAAUCCUUUCUUUCUGCGAUCUCCUCUCAAACUCAGUGUAACAACGAACGGUCCACAACGCGCAAGAUGUCCGCAAUCCGACCGAUCAUGAGACCUUUUCGAAUGACAACUCCUUUUCGACAAUCUUCUAGCUUCCGCCAGCUAAGGAUUACCUGGGCUCCUUCCUUUGGCGCUGGAAGCAGCCGUUGCCUCACUAUCGGCCUUUCUCCUUCCUCUGGUUCUGGGUCCAGCUUUCGCCGCCGACUCCUUUAUCCCCUUGCUAUCCUCCCUGUUGGCUUGCUCUUACUCCCUGUCCUCUCUGCCGACUCUGAGCCAGAUGCCAUUCCUGUGCCCACUUCUCUCUCCACUUCUACGACCUCCGAGCUUCUCCGGACUUGGUUCAUCUACGCCAUCAUCUCUAUGCCUGGCGUUGUUGACUACUCUCCUGCCGUUCUUAACUUCUUUAUCAACUCUUCUUUACGCGGCCCCACUGAAUGGUUCGUCCGACACACCUUUUUUGGCCAAUUCGUCGCUGGUGAGACCGUAGAGGGAUGUAUGCCUACUUUGAAGGCUUUCAGGGAGAGGAACGUUGGUGCCAUGUUAAACUACUCUGCCGAAGUAGACGAGUCGCAGUUGACCGAGACUGCUCCUUCCAAGGAGGAAAGGAACAGGAAGGAGAGAGAAAAGAAGUUUGAGACUAUCAUCACUGCUUUGGAGGCUGCUGGAGAAUAUGAAAGAAGCUUGCCCGUUGACCAGAGAGGUGUUACUGGUUUCGCUCUAAAGAUCACUGGCCUUAUUGACCCCAACAUCCUUGAAAGAGCUUCGUACACCCUUCUCCGAUUACGUCCUCUUGCCAAGUCCAAUUCUCCCACAGCCCCCAACACUCAUCUUUUCGUCCCCUACCCUGGUACUCCCGAAACCCUGGACCGGCAAGUCGUUGCCCGCACUCCCGAGCUUAAGCUAGGUGAUGGCAAGGAGCUCCUUGCUUUGAAGGGCAAGUGGGAUGACAUGGGUGUUUUGGAAAAGGAUCCUGGAUUGCAAGAGGGUGACCUUGAGGAGCUUAGACAGUUGUGGUACAAGUUGCAGAAGAUUGGUCACAAGGCUAAGGAGAACGACAUCAUUCUCUAUGUUGAUGCCGAGUACACUUGGUACCAGCCAGCUUUGGACGCAUACACCCUUCUUCUUUCUCAAGAGUUCAAUCGACCUCCCACUUCCAAAGAGGAGAUCUGGACUGGUCCUCUGAUUUACGGUACUUAUCAGACCUACCUCUGCCGUCAACCCACACACCUUAUUCACGCCAUACAACACGCCGAAGUCAACGGCUACGCCCUCGGUGUCAAGCUCGUCCGUGGUGCCUACUUUGAGCAAGAACGCAAGAAGUGGUCCGACGAGGGCCGUGUCGGUGCCGCUCCCAUCUGGCCCAACAAAUCUGCUACUGACGUCGCUUACAAUGGCUCUAUCUCCACCAUCAUGACCACUCUCGCCUCCCAACUUAAGUCUCCCCACCCCGAGCUCGCUUUGAGCGUUGCGUUCGGUACCCACAACCCUGAGUCUUGUGAUCUCGUCUGCGAGAACUUGCUCAGGAACGGCCUUGCCAAGGAAGUAGGGGAAGCGAAGAUGUUGAGGUUGAGAGAGGACGUGCGGGGUAAGGUUAGGAUUGCACAGUUGCUGGGUAUGAAGGACGACCUCACAGAUCGUAUGGCCAGAAAGUUCGUCAAUGAUGGCAAGCCCGUUGCUCUCAAAUACAUGGCAUACGGCAAGCUUUCAGAGGUUAUGCCUUACCUUGGUAGGCGGGCGAUUGAGAACAAGAGUUUGAUGAGCGGUGAUCACGGUGCAGCAGCAGAAAUGAGGCGAGUGGCGGCCGAGUUAAAGAGAAGAUUUUUUGGUGGCUCAGUAUAAGGCGCUCAAGUGGAGAUGUAAGGUGUAACAGAGUCCCGUCAGUAGUAUCCGUCAUCUUUUGGGGGUUUCUUGUGUUUAGAUAUAGACUGCCAUGUACUGUACAAUGCAUAAUUACAGC